CCCUUCUUCUGCUCCUCUCGCUCUCUUUUCUCUUUCUCUCUCCUUCGCGGAGAUGUAUCAAUGGAGGAAGUUCGAGUUCUUCGAGGAGAAAUCCGGUGGCAAGAGUUCCAUCUCCGCCGAGAUCACUGGAACCAUCCAGUGCUGCUCUAGCGGAAGGGGUAGGAUCGCCGUCGGAUGUGGUGACGGUACUGUCAGCCUCAUCGAUCGGGGGUUCAAGCUCCUCUAUGGUUUCCAGGCCCACGCUGCCUCCGUCCUCUUUCUCCAGCAGCUCAAGCAACGCAAUUACCUUGUUACUGUUGGAGAGGAAGAGCAGACAUCUCCCCAGCUAUCUUCCAUCUGCUUAAAAGUUUUUGACCUUGAUAAGAUGGAGCCUGAGGGUUCUAGCAUGACAAGUCCUGUUUGUCUCCAGAUCUUGCGUAUAUUCACAAACCAAUUUCCUGAAUCAAAGAUAGCAUCAUUUUUAGUUCUAGAGGAAGCUCCUCCAAUAUUACUGAUUGCCAUUGGUCUGGAAAAUGGUUCAAUUUAUUGCAUCAAGGGUGAUAUUGCACGUGAGCGUAUCAGUCGCUUCACGCUGCAGGUGGAGGUUUCUUCGGACAAUAGCCUUUCUUCAAUCAAUGGGCUAGGUUUCCGGGUUGAAGGGAGAGCACUUCAACUGUUUGCUGUCACUCCUACUUCUGUAAGUCUGUUCAAUUUGCAUGAUCAACCACCUAAGAGGCAGACUCUAGACCAAAUAGGAUGUGACACGAAAGCUGUUAUUAUGAGUGAUCGUCUGGAUCUAAUACUUGGUCGUCCUGAAGCUGUAUACUUCUAUGAAGUUGAUGGAAGAGGUCCUUGCUGGGCAUUUGAAGGCGAGAAGAAAUUCUUGGGUUGGUUUCGUGGGUAUUUAUUAUGUGUUAUUGCAGAUCAGAGGAGCAACAAAAACACCUUCAAUGUUUAUGAUUUGAAAAACCGUUUGAUUGCUCACAGUAUGGUGCUUGGAGAAGUUUCACAUAUGCUUUGUGAGUGGGGCUAUAUAAUUUUUAUAAUGAAUGACAAAAAGAUCUUGUGCAUCGGCGAAAAGGAUAUGGAGAGUAAAUUGGAUAUGCUGUUUAAAAAGAAUCUGUAUACAGUGGCAAUCAAUCUAGUUCAGAGUCAACAAGCUGAUGCUGCAGCCACCGCUGAAGUACUUCGGAAAUACGGUGAUCAUUUAUAUGGGAAACUAGAUUAUGAUGAGGCAAUGUCUCAAUAUAUCCACACUAUUGGCCAUCUUGAACCAUCAUAUGUGAUUCAGAAGUUUUUGGAUGCACAACGUAUCUACAAUCUUACUAAUUACUUGGAGAAAUUGCAUGAAAGAGGGCUGGCUUCUAAAGAUCACACAACUCUUCUUUUGAACUGCUAUACAAAACUGAAGGAUGUAGAAAAACUCAAUAAGUUCAUUAAAGGUGAUGAUAGUGUUGGUGACCACAAGUUUGAUGUUGAAACUGCCAUAAGAGUUUGUCGGACAGCUGGGUAUCAUGAGCAUGCAAUGUAUGUUGCAAAGAAAGCUGAACGGCAUGAAUGGUAUUUGAAGAUAUUACUUGAAGACCUGGGUAGAUACCAGGAAGCACUGGAAUAUAUCUCUAGCCUUGAACCCAACCAAGCUGGUGUCACUGUGAAAGAGUAUGGUAAAAUCCUUGUAGAACAUAGGCCAGUUGAAACUAUUAAUAUACUAAUGAGGCUUUGCACUGAGAACGAGGAAUCAAGAAAGAGGAGGGUCUCCAAUGGUGUGCACAUGAGUUUGCUGCCAUCCCCUGUUGAUUUUAUCAACAUUUUUGUUCAUAGCCCGCAAUCUCUCAUGGAUUUUCUGGAAAAGUAUACUGCCAAGGUUAAAGAUUCACCUGCUCAAGCAGAAAUUCACAACACCCUGUUGGAGCUAUACCUUUCAAGUACCUUGACAUUUCCAUCGAUUUCACAAGAAAAUGGUGGUGAUGAUUGUGACAAAAGUGUGAGAAGUACAAAAUAUUUGGCUAAUGGUUCUUCAGCAGAGAGCAAGGGCAAGUCAACUGUUGACAUUAAGGAUGUUAAGAAAGAUAAGGAUCGCCUGGAAAGAUUUAAAAAAGGACUGGCUUUGCUGAAGAGUGCAUGGACAUCUGAAAUGGAGUAUCCUCUAUAUGAUGUUGAUUUAGCUGUUAUUCUUUGUGAAAUGAAUGCAUUUAAAGAUGGCUUAUUGUUUUUGUAUGAGAAGAUGAAACUUUACAAAGAAGUGAUUGCCUGCUAUAUGCAGGUUCAUGACCAUGAAGGAUUAAUAGCUUGCUGCAGAAAGCUGGGUGACUCAACCCAGGGUGGGGACCCAUCUCUUUGGGGUGACCUUUUGAAGUACUUUGGUGAACUUGGAGAGGAUUGCUCCAAAGAAGUAAGAGAGGUCUUGACUUACAUUGAAAGGGAUGAUAUACUGCCUCCGAUUAUUGUUCUUCAGACGCUAGCCAAGAAUCCCUGCUUGACACUCUCUGUGGUUAAGGAUUACAUUGCUCGAAAACUUGAAGAAGAAUCAAAGCUUAUUGAAGAUGACCGCAAGGCUAUCGAGAAGUACCAGGACGAGACUGCUUUAAUGAAGAAGGAAAUUCAGGAUCUCAGGACUAAUGCUAGAAUCUUUCAGCUUAGCAAGUGCACAGCUUGCACAUUCACUCUCGAUCUACCUGCUGUCCAUUUCAUGUGCAUGCAUUCGUUUCACCUUCGCUGCCUUGGUGACAAUGAGAAGGAAUGCCCAGAAUGUGCACCAGAGAUCCGGUCUGUUCUAGAAACCAAACGGAACUUGGAGCAAAAUGCAAAAGAUCAUGAACUAUUUUUUCAGCAAGUAAAAAACUCAAAGGAUGGUUUCUCUGUGAUUGCUGAAUAUUUUGGCAAGGGCAUAUUGAGCAAAACUGCUAUUAAGCCCCCAGAGGUCCUCCAGUCUGGCGAUAGUUGAACUUAACCAAGUUUGGAUUAAGUGUUGUGUUGGUGUGUGCUAUAUUUAUCAUUGUCAAUACAUGGUGAAGCCAUCAAGCAAUCUUGCUUUUUUAGUUGACUGAUUUUGAAAUCUUUGGUGGUGUCAUUUAUGAUCUUGUGAUUGGUCACCUGUUUCUCUGCUUGUCAGUAGUUCUGGCUUACACAGUUCUUUGAAGAUGGAUUAAAGGCAGCCUUUCAUUGCUUGCAGUUAAGAGUAGAUGCUGGAAAUUUUGUCGAACAAAGUGAUACAAGAAAGUUCAAUUUGUUAGUUUUCUCCGCUAAUGAAAAGCAAAGAGUUCUCUGAGAGAUUGGUUUGUAUCUAAGCAGUCCUUUGCUUGUAAUUCUCGCAGCUUAUGAUGGGAUGUUAGAUAGAAAUGGAGGUCCUGUCCUGUCAGUUAAUUUCUUGUGGAUGAGGAAAUGUAAAUCAAAUAAUUAUCAUGGUUAUGUGAUAUUGUCAUUGUUGUAUCUUUCCCUUUUUUUUUUCCCCCUCUUUCAUUUUUUGCAGCCACUCUUUAAUUAUUGAUCAGUUUGUCUGGGACUGCUUCUUAUUCCUCAUAACUACAGUAUCAUUGUGUUGUU